CAUUUGCCAAACAACCCAUAUAAAUUACAAUGAUAUAUAUACAAUUCCCGUUCUUUAUUAACAAACCUUCGAAGUAUUCUUCCUUCUCAAGACACAACUAUCUGGAAGACGAACACCCAUCCUGCAAGUAAAGCUGAAGCGAAAAUCAAUGGCGGAAUCAUCGUCACCACCACCAUCAUCUUCGACAGUGUUGUCGACUGUGACGGCGAUGUCUGACAACGACAUAGAAGAAAUGCUGGAUAGAAUGCUUACUAAUUUAGCUUUUUGCGACGAUUCUAAACUCGAAAGCUUACUGGCUAGGCUUCUUCCUCGUGUUCUCGCUUCUCUCUCUUCGCCAUCCACUGCUAUUCGCAACAAGGUACUUGAAAUACUGAGCCAUAUAAAUAAGCGUGUGAAACAUGAGCCAGGAAUUGGCUUGCCAUUGUUGGAGUUGUGGAGUAUGUAUACAGAAGCUGCUUCUCAAAUGGUCCGGAAUUUUUGCAUCAUAUACAUUGAGAUGGCAUUUGAGCACUCUCGGAUAGAGGUCCAGAAAAGUAUAGUUCCUGAUCUUUUAAUGAACAUUUCAAAGCUUCCUUCUCAGCACCAAGCAAUUAUUUUGAGAGUGUCUGUGAAGGUCAUUGGUGAAGCCUAUUCUCAUAAAAUUGACGAUGAUAUUUCUGCAAAGUAUCGGAUGAUAACUGGUUCUAUGGACUCUGAAUUAUUUGUUGAGUUUUGCCUGCAUACGGUUUUGUACCAACCUUCAUCUCAGAGUGGUGGAUUCCCAGCUGGUCUUUCUCUAUCUCAGGCAGAACGGGUCACUGGGAAACAGUUGCUAAAGCAUGAAAUUCUUUUGAACAUGAAGUUGGGGGUCCUGAAUGUCAUUGAAUCCAUGGAUCUUUCAGCAGAGAUGGUUUACCCUAUAUAUCUAGCUGCCUCUACAGAUAGUCAAGAGCCUGUUGCUAGGAGAGGGGAGGAACUCUUGAAGAAGAAAGGCUCUCUUGCUGAUUUGGAUAAUUCAAAUCUUAUCAGAAAGUUGUUUUUGCUGUUUAAUGGAAAUGCUGUUGCUGAAAAUGUUGCUUCUGAAAAUAAAGUUGUACCCGCAAGUUAUCCUUUGAAGACUAGGCUGAUGUCUGUGUUUUGUCGAUCUAUCGCUGCUGCAAACAGUUUUCCUUCCACUCUGCAGUGCAUUUUUGCCUGCAUAUAUGGAAAUGGCACCACACCAAGACUAAAGCAGUCAGGGAUGGAAUUUGCUUUCUGGGUUCUUAAACAUGCAAAAAUGGAUCAACUUAAGCUAAUGGGCCCACUCAUUUUGUCUGGAAUUCUAAAAUCUCUUGAUGGAACAAAUAAUCGGGAAGCAGAUGCUAUAUCUAGGGAGACAAGGACAUUUGCUUAUCAAGCAAUUGGAAUGCUUGCACAGCGUAUGCCUCAGCUUUUCAGGGAUAAGAUAGACAUGGCUGUUCGUCUUUUUGACGCUUUGAAGUCCGAGUCCCAGUUUCUUCGAUUAGUUAUUCAAGAGGCUACUAGUUCCCUUGCUAUUGCCUAUAAGGGUGCACCUCCAAGCAUAUUGAAAGAUUUGGGGCAACUUUUACUUGAUAACUCCCAAGUGGACAAGAGUGAGGUGCGGUUUUGUGCUGUGAGGUGGGCGACGUCAUUGUUUGAUUUGCAGCACUGUCCUAGUCGUUUUCUAUGUAUGAUUGCUGUAGAAGAUCCAAAGUUGGAUAUAAGGGAGAUGGCUAUCCAGGGGUUGUUCCCUGAUGAAGGAAGAUCUAUUGACCAAAAGUUAGAUCUCAAAUAUCCCAGAGUUAAAGACAUGUUGGAUUAUAUCAUCAAGCACCAACCAAAAGUGCUGGAGUCUGCAGAAAUGGAAAUGAGAGAACAACUCCUUUUUCCCUCUAAGACAUAUGAUGUGAUGAUUAAAUUUCUUUUGAAGUGCUUUGAGUUUGAUAUGCUGCAAGAGGAUUCUAAAACAGCUGAAUUCCAGCCUACUGUAGAAGUCUUAUGCUUGCUAAUUGAACAUGCUAUGGCUGUUGAAGGUUCUGCUGAGUUGCAUGCUAAUGCUACCAAGACUUUGAUUAACAUUGCGACUUACUUUCCGGAGAUGUUGGCAUCACGCUAUGCCUCAAAAAUUGGUUGGUUAAAGAAACUAUUGGGACAUGUGGAUUAUGAUACACGUGAAUCUGCUGCACGUUUGCUUGGUAUAGCUUCUUCAGCAUGUCCUGUAGCUGUAUCUUCUUCGCUGAUAAGUGAAUUGACAACUGUUAUUACUGGAUCACAGAAAAUUAGAUUUGAAAUGCAACAUGGGGCAUUGUCUGCAAUAGGCUUUCUUAUUUCUGAUUGUGUAUCGAGGGCCGCUGAGUUGCCGGAGAUGGUUUUUCAGCAUACAAUUAAAACUCUUGUUGAGAUUGUUAACACUGAAACUGCGACAUUGGCUUCCAUUGCAAUGCAAGCACUUGGUUAUAUUGGAUUGCGAGUCGCAUUACCAUCACUUAGUUGUGAUUAUGGUCCAGCUGCUGUGCUAAUUGUCCUGCGGGAAAAGUUGAGCAAACUUCUUGCCGGUGACGAUACAAAAGCAAUUAAGAAAAUUGUUAUUUCUCUGGGGCAUAUAUGCAUGAAGGAAGUAUCACCUACAUGUCUUAAUGUUGCCCUAGAAUUAAUAUUUGGUCUUUGCCGGUCCAAGGUCGAGGAUGUCCUAUUUGCUGCUGGGGAGGCUCUUUCAUUCUCUUGGGAUGCUGUUCCCGUGAAUGCUGAUGUCAUCUUGAAGACAAAUUAUACCUCUCUUUCUAUGACUUCAAACUUUCUUCUAGAAGACAUGCCUUCAUCUUGGUUGAAAACAAAUUAUUGUGAAGAGAUGGAAUCUAAUAAAGAUUCUCGUGACAUGGUUAGGGAUAAAAUUACUAAAAAAAUAUUUGAUGAACUUUUAUAUAGCAGCAGAAAAGAAGAGCGUUGUGCUGGCACUGUCUGGUUGCUCUCAUUAACCAUGUAUAGUGGUCGUCAUCAGACCAUUCAGAAAUUGCUUCCUGACAUCCAGGAAGCCUUCUCGCACCUAUUGGGUGAGCAAAAUGAACUUACACAGGAGCUAGCAUCACAAGGAAUGAGUCUUGUUUAUGAACUUGGUGAUGAAUCAAUGAAGAAAAACUUAGUAAAUGCACUUGUUGGCACUCUGACUGGUUCAGGGAAGAGAAAAAGGGCUGUUAAGCUGGUAGAGGAUUCUGAAGUCUUUCAAGAGGGAGCUAUUGGUGAUAGUCCCAGUGGAGGAAAGCUGAGCACUUAUAAGGAGCUCUGCAACAUGGCAAAUGAAAUGGGCCAGCCAGAUCUUAUUUAUAAGUUCAUGGACCUUGCUAACUAUCAGGCAGCUCUAAAUUCUAAGAGGGGAGCUGCCUUUGGAUUUUCAAGGAUUGCAAAACACGCUGGGGAUGCUCUUCAACCCCAUCUUCGUUUAUUGAUUCCUAGGCUGGUGCGCUAUCAGUAUGAUCCUGAUAAGAAUGUUCAGGAUGCUAUGGCACACAUAUGGAAGUCUCUUGUGGCUGAUUCAAAGAAAACAAUUGAUAUGUACUUCGAUCCUAUUGUAGAUGAUUUACUGACACAAUGUGGUUCUAGGCUUUGGCGUUCUCGUGAAUCUUCAUGCUUAGCACUAGCAGAUAUUAUUCAGGGACGCAGGUUUGAACAUGUUGGGAAACAUUUAAAGAGGCUCUGGACAGCUGCAUUCCGUGCUAUGGAUGAUAUAAAGGAAACUGUUAGGAAUUCUGGUGAUAAAUUAUGUCGUGCUGUGAGUUCUCUUACUACAAGGCUAUGUGAUGUUUCACUUACUGACAAAUCUGAAAGUAGCCAAGCUAUGGAUAUAGUGCUGCCACUUCUGCUGUCAGAAGGGAUAAUGAGUAAAGUUGAUAGUGUACGUAAGGCAUCUAUUGGAGUGGUUAUAAAGCUUGCUAAGGGUGCAGGGAUUGCUAUCCGUCCACAUUUAGCGGAUUUAGUGACUUGUAUGCUGGAGAGUUUAUCAAGCUUGGAAGAUCAAGGACUCAAUUAUGUGGAGUUGCAUGCUGCAAACAUUGGGUUACAGAAAGAUAAGCUGGAAAACUUGCGAAUUUCAAUUGCAAAAGGCUCUGCAAUGUGGGAAACUCUUGAGCUAUGUAUUGAUGUUGUCGAUAAGCAGUCAUUAGAUGUCUUGGUUCCUCGGCUUGCUCAGUUGAUCAGAUCUGGAGUUGGGCUCAACACUAGGGUAGGCGUAGCAUCUUUUAUCACCUUACUGGUACAAAGAGUCAACCUGGAGAUUAAGCCCUUCACAGGAACACUGUUGAGACUUUUAUUCCCUGCUGUUGUUGAGGAACGAAGCAGUUCUGCAAAACGUGCCUUUGCCAGUGCUUUUGCAAUGGUCUUGAAGUAUUCAACGCCUGCGCAGGCUGAAAAAUUAAUUGAUGAUGUUGCUGCAUUGCAUGCUGGGGACAGGAAUGCUCAGGUUUCCUGUGCAGUUAUGUUAAAAAACUGCUCUUCAUUGGCUGCUGAUGUUGUGAACGGUUAUCAUGUGACAAUCUUACCGGUGGUUUUCAUUUCAAGAUUUGAGGAUGACAAACAUGUGUCAGGCCUCUUUGAAGAAGUGUGGGAAGAAAAUACAAGCGGCGAUAAUGUCACUCUUCAGUUGUAUUUGGGAGAGAUGGUGUCACUUAUUACAGAUAGCAUCACUUCGUCGUCUUGGAAUUCGAAAAGGAAGGCAGCAUUGGCUAUAACAAAACUGAGUGAGGCGUUGCAUGAAUCACUGUCUACUCAUUGUCAAGUACUACUGGACUCAUUGCUGAAAGAGAUUCCUGGUCGACUCUGGGAGGGAAAGGAUGCACUUUUACAUGCAUUGGCUGCCCUCUGCACAUCUUGCCACAGUGCUAUAUCUUCUGCUGAUCCAUCAGCUGCUAAUGUUGUCUUAAGUGUUAUUACAGCUGCAUGCUCAAAAAAACAGAAGAAAUUUCAAGAUGCAGCUCUAUGUGCUUUAGAGCAGGUCAUCAAGGCUUUUGAUUUGCCUGAGUUCUUUAAUGCUGUUUUCCCUUUGUUAUAUGAGAUGUUUGAUCCAAAUGAUGGAGAUAGAUUUAUGCAAGAUCCAUCAGGAAGUGCUUCUCUGAAAGCAGGUUCUGAUAAGGAAGAAGACAACUAUGUGCCACGUAGUAAGAUUUUAGAUUGCAUUACAUCUUGCAUUCAUGUAGCUCCCAUGAAUGAUGUUCUUCAAAAAAAGCAAAACGUGAUGUUGCUGUUUUCUCAUGCUUUUUCACCUGCAUUGCCAUGGAUGGUAAAAGUGUCUGCUUUUUUGACCAUAAAGAAGCUAUGUUCAAAACUCAAAGCUACUCUUGCUGAUACCCGAGGAGAAGCUUCACUUGCUGGUGUAAAGACAUUGAUUCAUGAGCUAUUCGUCACUGUGUCCGGCAAAAUCGUGGAUUGUAUUAUCAAUGUUAAGAUUGCACAGGUCCACGUUGCUGCCGCAGAGUGUUUGUUGCAAGUAAUCGAACUCUACAAAGCUAGUCAACCAGAAUCUGGUGUAGAUAAAGUAUUCAAGGAAAAUGUAGCUCAGUUGUGUAAAACAGAAAAGAAUGAACAGGCGAAAUCUGUUUUAAAAAACUGUAUUGUUAUCCUUGAGAACUUGUAGUUACAUGCUGAGACGCCACAAAAUUUUGAUGCUGCUCUCCUUGGUGUAACUCGACUGCAAUACGGGACAUUUCUCCACAUGCUAACCGGAUUUGUUCCAAAGGAAUAUAUAGAGGAUGAGCCAGUACCAAAAUGAGCCUUUUCCAUCAAAUGUCUCGCGAAUGAGUACUUGAAAGGUUUCACCGUGUCGAUGCAUACAAAUCAUCCGUGCGCAUCAGCACUGCCAAGGACCAAGCAUAAGUGUAAGGAAAAUGCCCUGAAGUCUUAUCUUGUUAUAGUCUUAUAGAUAUGGAUUUGGAACAUUAUUUAUAAUUCAUUAGUAAUUGUAGUUUUAGCAUUUUUUGUCAUCUAUGUGAGUGAUUAAAUAAAACAUAUUUCAUUUUCAUAAGUUGGUGUAAACUAAUCUUUCUUCUCGUAUUAUGUAUGCCAUUUUUCCA